AACAGCCGCUAAGGGCCGCCAUUUUGUGCGGAGCCUACUCUGCAAAAGCGGGAGAGGAUUAAAACCGUCGGAGGUGAAGGACGCAAUUUUACUUCGUCUCGUACUGAAGGAAGAACAAACCCUGGGCUUUCUGUCGAAUUCAACGCGACGAUUUAUCACCAAACGCAGAUCAAUUUAUUUGCAUCCCAACAGGUUGAGCUAGUUAGUAAGAAUUGAGACAGGUAGCUCAUCGGAGACAGAAAGUGGUGAAGGCACAGGUGUAGAGAGAUGAAGUAUACCUUUUCGGUUCAGGUAAUACCCAUGGAGGGGGGACCGACCGAGGCAGUGGUUGAAGAGGCAGGGGAUGCUUUUAAGGCAAAGGAAUGUAAGACAUACCAAAGGCGGCGUGAGGAUGAAGAGGUGGGAGCUGAACUGCUGCAGGCUGCUGGGUUAGAACAAGUCCAGGCUGAAGGAGAGGCUGUAGUGACCCAGCAGCAACUGGUUGAAGGAGUAGUUAAUGUCAACAGCAGUGUGGAAAUGAUGGUGAUGGAGUCCCUGGACCCUACCUUGCUUCAGAUGAAGACAGAAGUUAUGGAGGCUGCUGUCGGAGGAGCCGUUGGCGUGGCCGGCGCUGCGCAUGAAGCCACUGUCACCACUGUCGAUGACACUCAGAUCAUCACCCUACAGGUGGUCAACAUGGAAGAGCAACAGUUGGGGUUGGGAGAGCUGCAGCUGGUGCAGGUGCCUGUUUCGGCUGUGCCCGUCACUGCAGCCACUGUAGAAGAGCUGCAGGGAACGCUGGUGGAUGCCACUACCAUGCCUAAAGAUGGAGAGCCAGUCAUUUGUCACACACUGCCGCUGCCUGAGGGUUUUCAGGUGGUUAAGGUAGGUGCAAAUGGAGAAGUGGAGACGGUGGAGCAGGAUGAGCUUCAGGCCCAAGAGGAGCAGCCUCAACAGCAAGUAGAGGAUGAGAUGGCCGAAGUCCAAAAUGAAGACCCCAACUGGUCCAAAGAUCCAGACUACGCACCACCUGUUAAAAAGACUAAGAAGACAAAGAAAAGCAAGCUGCGCUACAACACAGAGGGAGAUAAAGAUAUGGAUGUGUCCGUGUACGACUUUGAAGAAGAACAGCAGGAAGGAUUGCUCUCUGAGGUCAAUGCUGAGAAAGUUGUGGGAAACAUGAAACCACCCAAACCAACCAAAAUCAAAAAGAAGGGUGUUAAGAAGACAUUCCAGUGUGAGCUGUGUAGUUACACCUGCCCACGGCGUUCCAACCUGGACCGCCACAUGAAGAGCCACACAGAUGAGAGGCCUCACAAGUGCCAUCUUUGUGGACGAGCCUUCAGGACUGUCACCUUGUUAAGAAACCACCUUAACACCCACACAGGCACCAGACCACAUAAGUGCACUGACUGUGACAUGGCUUUUGUCACCAGUGGAGAGCUGGUGCGACACAGACGCUACAAGCACACUCAUGAGAAACCAUUCAAGUGCUCCAUGUGUGACUAUGCCAGUGUGGAGGUUAGUAAGCUGAAGCGCCACAUUCGCUCUCACACUGGAGAGCGUCCGUUCCAGUGCAGCUUGUGCAGUUAUGCCAGUAGAGAUACCUACAAGCUGAAAAGACACAUGAGGACACACUCAGGAGAGAAGCCCUAUGAGUGCUACAUCUGUCAUGCACGUUUCACCCAGAGUGGCACCAUGAAGAUGCACAUUCUGCAGAAGCACACAGAAAAUGUGGCAAAGUUUCACUGCCCCCACUGUGACACAGUUAUUGCCCGCAAGAGUGAUCUCGGUGUACAUCUCCGUAAGCAGCAUUCCUACAUUGAGCAGGGCAGGAAGUGCCGCUAUUGUGAUGCUGUGUUUCAUGAGCGCUAUGCUCUCAUCCAGCAUCAGAAGUCCCACAAAAACGAGAAACGAUUCAAAUGUGACCAGUGUGACUAUGCAUGCCGUCAGGAGCGCCACAUGGUCAUGCAUAAGCGCACCCAUACUGGGGAGAAGCCAUAUGCGUGUAGCCAAUGUGACAAGACCUUCAGACAGAAACAGCUCCUGGACAUGCACUUUAGGCGUUACCAUGACCCUACCUUUGUACCCACAUCGUUUGUAUGCAACAAGUGUGGCAAGACCUUCACUCGGAAGAACACCAUGGCCAGGCAUGCUGAAAACUGCUCUGGUGUGGAUUCUGCUGAAGGAGAAAAUGGUACUCCACCAAAGAAAGGCCGUGGGGGCAGAAAGAGGAAGAUGCGCUCUAGAAAGGAUGAUGAUGAUGAUGACGAUGACUCUGCAGAUGAGCAUGGAGAGCCUGAUCUAGAAGACAUUGAUGAAGAGGAAGAAGAGGAGGAGAUUAUUGAGGAUGAUCAGAUGGAUAUGGAACAAGCUCCACCCAGCAUUCCUAUCCCUGCUCCUGUUGAACCACCCGUUAAGAGGAAACGGGGCAGACCCCCCAAGAAUGCAGCCAAGGUUUCUCCUGUCAAGUCUGGUCCAAAUACCACCCCAGCUACUGCUGCCAUCAUCCAAGUGGAGGAUGAAAGCACGGGGGCCAUUGAGAACAUCAUCGUGAAGAAGGAGCCUGAAGCCUCUGAUACAGCUGUUGCUGAUGUCCAGCCUGUGGUAGAAGAGGUGGACGCGAUUGAGGCUGAUGUAGAAACAGUGCAGAUAGCCAUCCCUGAAGCUGCACCUAACGGCGACCUUACUCCUGAAAUGAUCCUUAGCAUGAUGGACCGGUGAUCUGGGGAUUAAUUCAAACACACAAGGCUGAACACACUUGCUUACAUAAAAAAACACAUCCAUGUAUGUGUUACUAAUUAUAUACACACAUGCUUACAUGCUUCUCUUUUCUUAUCUCUUUAAAUACCACGCUUCUUUUCUUUUGAAUCCUCGUGUUUAUAGCUUGAUGUCAAAGCAAAGACAUGUUGUAUUCCCAUUUCCUAUAAAAUCUGACUUCUUAAAGUUCUUACAAUUCGUCUUUCGUAACAUUUAUACUCAUGAGGAUUACAAAACCACGCAUGGAAAUACAUUUUCCCACCAUAGUAGUUUUUAAAACUUUUUUUGCUGUGUGUACUAUGUACUUUGAGGGAUGAGAUUAGAGCGAGAAUGCAGUGUCUCGAGAUUUAACUCUGUGUGCUACAUGCAUCUAAACGUUUUCCAGCUAACCUGACGUGUAUGUUUUUUCGAAGCGGACAUUGCUAUGGCAAUACUAAGAAAUAUUUAAUUUGUGCCUGCUUGAUAUCUAGAAUCGCUGUCACUGCUGUACAAAUGGGUUAUUUUAACCCAUCUGUCUAAGAAAAUCCUUUCAAUGUUUGACAUUUUAUGAUUACAUUUAUUCGCCGUUUGUUCCUCAUGUGCUGUUUCACUGGUCGCAGUUGAUAAUGUUAGCGAGAGUAGAAAUGUAGCCAUCCAAUUGUCAAGCUAGGGACAUUCAUUCAUUCACAUGUCUAAAAAAAAUGCGGUUGAUAAAGAUGUACAAAAAAGGUAAUCUCUGCUAGUCUUGCUUGUAAAUAAUUUUUAUUUUUUGUUUUAUUAUGAACAUUUUAAUCUUUUUCUAGUGAUUUGAUGACCUGACUGCUAUGUUAAUGGCUUUUAACAGUAGUUGUUUGUUUGGAAACAUGCAACACCACUUGACAGCUUUCAUUUACUUGCAGGGAAAAAUUAAAGCCCGAAGAAUCAUGUAGGCUGCAUAACCCAUUUUCUUUUUCCUUCUGUAGCUUGAAUCGUUGCAUUUGAAUCUGCUCGACUAGCUUGUUUGGCAGGGUUGCUUUAUGUUGAAUAUAAACUUUUUGCCAUCGAUUUAAAACCACAUGUGGUUUUAAUGUUAUUCCAUCUGAUGAAUUGGUUUCAAUGUUGAAUUUUGUUCUAGCUUUGUAAAAGGAGGAAAAGGGAUCGAACUGGGAAAAAAACAGUUGCUUGUCUUAUAGAUCAUUUGAAUCUGUUUUGAUGUGGUUGCUUGCAACUAGCCCAUAAAACUGAACUAUGUAACCUGAAAUUUGAUCAUUUAAAACAUUACGUAGGAUAUUAAAAGAUGUCUUGCAGUUUACAAAGUUAUAUCAGACCACAUCUUAUUUAAGUAGUUUAAUAUGGUUGUUUGAGGAAGAUAUUUUGAUACGAUCUGUUUCUAGAAGGGGAUGCUUGGAUAAUUUGUAAAAAGUUUGUCAAUUGUUUAAAAAAAGCCCAUGUCAUUUUUUUUCCAUUUCUGAUCUUUUUCUGAUUCACAAUGAUGUUUUCCUCCAACAUGUAAUUGCAUUUAAAUUGCUUUCUUUUUUUAAGCUCUUAAAAAUUCUAGGUUAAUAUGCAUUUUGUUUUUUUACCUAGCUGUACUGUGUGAAUUUUACAGUGGGCAGAAAACCAACAUUAUAAAGACAUUUGUUAUGGCUGGGUGGGUCAUAAAGGGCAGAUGAGAUAAGAUGGUGUGGAGAAUGUAUUGCUGUACAGCUAAUAAAAAAUAUUGUCCUAUGUCA